UGGGCUCUUCACGAUAAAUGGAACCUAGCUUGGGAUCCCUUGUCAGCUCCCAUUACCCUUCCUCCUACCAUGAUGGAAGAUCUGCAAUGGUGGUUGGACCAGGCCCAUAUGUCAGUGGGUGUCCCACUUCCUCCUCAUCAUUCCACAAUUACAACAACUGCAACUUUUCCCUCCAGUGCUUCUUCCUUUGUCUCCCUCCCUUCUUCAUCAACCUCAGUCACUGGUUCUACGUCCAGCCAUUCAUAUCAUUUGUCUUCAGGCCUGGCUUUUAACUGGUAAUUGAUGAGGAGAUCAGGUUCCUCCCAUUGAGUAGCUUUCCUUCUAGCUCAUUCCAUAUGUCCUUCUCAAUGGAGGUGUAUCAGUGAAAAUGGGAGUGUUUUGUAGUUGGCUUGCGACUCAGGGUUUCCAUGCUAACCAACCUACUGUGGCUCAAGUGGCAGAGCUCCUCACAUGGCUUUUUGUUCAGGAGUCUUCAGUCUCCUUGCCCUCGGGUUAACAGGCUACCUUAUCCUGCUACCGUCGAGUUUUUGCUUCCCCUUUCCUUACCAUGUUAAUGUGUUCCUUCUGGAUUCAUCAUCCCCCCCCCAGACAGCCUACUCUUGUGGACUGGAAUAUUAAUGUGGUCCUCCAUUCCCUCACUUUACAUCCAUUUGAAACACUUUCCUUGAGUUCCAUGUUUCCUUUAAAAUGUAUUUCCUUCUCCUCUUAGAUUGUACAUGAUGAAAGUCUAAUUUAUUUGCCAUUGAAAUUUCACAUACACUUUACCUAUCUUCUCCUUUAUCCAGAUCAUUCCUUCCUCCCAAAGACCUUGGCAGUUAGGGAGGGUAACUCCUCCUUUUUCGCUUCCUUCUAUUUGUAAUCUCUAUCCUUGUCCCAAUCUGAAUAGACUUCUCUGUCCAGUCUGUACUCUUCAUUGUUAUAUUGCCUGCACAGUAUCCUUUCAUGGUACCUGUUCCUGACUCUUUAUCCCUUGGCAGUCUUCCUCUGUUCGAGAUCUUUCCUCCUUCUACCCUCACUAGUUGGGGUUGACUUUUAAAUCGAUUGGCUUAUUCCUCCUGGAAUUUGUUUCAGGUGUCUUCUCAUCAGAUUUGACACCUCAUCUUUUCCCUUGCAUCUCAUCUUCAUCAGCCAUUGGAGGAAAUCCUAUAGUCGGGCAUGUGGACGACACCAAAUACUUUCGUUUCCCAUUAUUUACAUCAUAUCUUGGUUUGUUCUUCAUCUGGUUUUCGUCUUCCACCUGUGGCCAUUCUUCAGGCUUCAGUGGACUUUGACUGAAUGUAAAGGCCGACAUGAACAGCUGUGGUGGAAAUCAGUUUCUAAGUUUUCAUGAUUUAACACAAGAAGAUUCUCAUAUAAAAAUUAGGAAAUCUCAGAUGCCAAACAAUAGUGACAUGCUUAAUCAAAAUCAUCUAAAGCAGUAUGAUGUACCCUACGCUGGGGAGAAACCGUACAAUUGUGGGAUCUGUGGGAAAGGAUUUGUAAAAAAUCAUAACUUAAAAAUGCAUCAGAGAAUACACACUGGUGAAAAACCAUACAAUUGUUUUAUGUGUGGUAAAGAUUUUAGAACAAAGAGUGAAUUAAAAAUACAUCAGAGAACACAUACUGGGGAGAAACCAUUUAGUUGUGUUAUCUGUGGAAAAGAAUUUGGAAGAAAUACUGACCUAAAACUGCAUGAGAGAAUACACACUGGAGAGAAACCAUACAGCUGUAGCAUUUGCGGAAAAGAGUUUAGAAGUAAUAGUAACCUGAAAAUACAUCAGAAGAUACAUACUGGGGAGAAACCAUACAGUUGUUUAAUUUGUGGUAAAGAUUUUAGAAGAAACUGUAAACUAAAAAUACAUCAAAGAGUUCAUACUGGGGAGAAACCAUACAGUUGUGAUAUCUGUGGGAAACAAUUUGGAAGGAAUAGUAACCUGAAUAUACAUCAGAGGACACACACUGGGGAGAAACCAUACAGCUGUGUAGUGUGUGGUAAAGGAUUUGGAACAAAUAGUGAACUGAAAAAACAUGAUAUUAUACAUUCUGGGGAGAAACCAUAUUGUUGUGUAUUAUGUGGCAAAAAAUUUGGAAGAAGUUUUGAUCUUAAAAUACAUCAGAGAAUGCACACUGUGGAGAAACCAUAUAAUUGUGAAAUCUGUGGUAAAAAGUUCAAAAUAAAUAGUAAUUUAAAAAUACAUGAGAGAAUACAUGCUGGAGAAAAGCCAUAUUGUUGUGUAGUGUGUGGUAAAGAAUUUGUAAGUAAUAGUUAUCUAAGGAAACAUGAGAAGAUACACUCUAUGGAGAAACCAUACAGUUGUGCAGUGUGUGGCAAAGAAUUUCGAAGAAAUUGUAAACUAAAAAUACAUCAGAGAAUUCACACUGGGGAGAAACCAUACAAUUGUGCAAUCUGUGGCAAAGAAUUUGGAAGAAGUUGUAACCUAAAAAUACAUCAGAGAAUCCACACUGGUGAGAAACCAUACAGUUGUGUAGUGUGUGGCAAAGACUUUGGAACAAAUAGUGAACUAAAAAAACAUGAGAGGAUACACACUGGUGAGAAACCCUAUAGUUGUGUAGUGUGUGGCAAAAAAUUUGGAAGAAGCGGUGACCUAACAAUACAUCAGAGAGUUCAUACUGGAGAGAAACCAUACAGCUGUGAAAUCUGUGGAAAAGAAUUUGGAAUAAAUAGUAAUCUAAAAAUACACCAAAAAUUACACACUGGGGAGAAACCAUACAGUUGUUUAAUGUGUGGAAAAGAUUUUGUAAGUAAAAGUUACUUAAAAAAACAUGCACGAGUACACAGUAUGGAUAAACCAUACAGUUGUGUAGUGUGUGGCAAGAAAUUUCGAAGGAGUACUUACUUAAAAGACCAUGGAAGGAUACACACUGGGGAAAAACCAUAUGGUUGUAUAAUAUGUGGCAAAGAAUUUAUAAGUAACAGUAGCUUAAGAAAACAUGAAAAGACACACACCAGGGAAAGUUUAGAACUAGGAAUGUGGGAUAAAAAUAUUUUGUAGCAUAUUUUAAAAGUUUUAUCAGUAGAUGUAAGGAGAAACCCACAGUUGUGUAGUGUGGUUCAGAAAUUAGAAAUAAUAGCUGGUAAAACAACAUUACUGGUAGUGGUCUGAGUUAAAUUCAACCUUACUUGUGUCUUAUUUUUAGUGUAGAAACAGAGAACCAACAGCGUAAAUAAACUUGUUUUAGUUUUAGCUGAAGAAUUAAUGUAAACUAACUUGAUCUGAGAAUAAUACUUCUUUAAUUAAUUGUGACACACCUGGUUGUAGAUAGGUUUAGGAAUAGAUGCAAGUAAUUAAGGCUGGGCCUGUUUAGUGUAUAAUACAUCAUCCUCCAAGGUAGAGGGUGUGUGAGAAUCACAUUACUGGAAGCCUUAAAUUUUUUGCACUUCCAGAUUUAUUGCUAAUAAUAUAAAAACAAAUUUAGCUUGAAUAUUAAUAUCCAUAGAUUGGAAUAAAUUUUACUUAUGUAAAGUUGGCUUAUGUUUACUCGACAUUAAACCAUUUUAGGUCUGAUUGCAGGAUAUCGGCAGCUUGACACUCAAAGUUGUUUUUAAAGGAUCAUUACAUUUUAAAGAAAAUUGAUACUUCAUAAGAUAUGUUUGUCAGAGUUAUUGGUAAUUCAGAACUUAGAGGAUUUCCCUCGAAUAUUUCCAAGUUUAGUCAUAAAAAUUGUCAUACAGGUAUAUUAAAAAAUUAUAAGAAAAAAUGCAUUAAUUUUAGUGUUCAUACACGUAUUGACUUAGAGUAAUUGCCAAUAUCAAACACAUUUAUAUUUUGAUACAUGAAAUUGUAUUAAAUGGUACAUCAGAAGCAAAGAAAACUAAGCAACUUUUUCACAGUCUUAUACCAAAAAUAAAGAUUUGCUGGUGUAGUGUU